AUGCGUUGGACAAAAUCCAUGAACGAAAACGCAUUGCGGGCGUACUAUGGGGCGAAAGAGGAAGAAACUGUGAGAAUAGCGUAUAGGUCUCGGAUGCAUUGCUUUUUUGCUGAGCUGGAGCCGUCUAUCCCCGUCACGGAACAAAACCUGGCAGACCGAGUUCGGUACAUCAUGCGCUCGAAAAUAUUUAAUGAUGCCGAACUCGAACGACUACGACGUGAGGCUAUUCCGUCGUCGAAUGAAUCGGCUAUGGCUGGAGAUGCAGCUCCACAUUCGACAGACCAGCAUCCACACGUGGAAGCCGCCAUGGAUCUUCCAGUUGUGGUUGAUUCGAACGACGAUGAAAUAGUCUCCCACGAACUAGAGCAAAUGAGGAGUAUAUAUAGGAAGAGGCGAUUUUGGAAACGCGCAGCACCCCUCUCGAAAAUUCUAAAGACUAUUCUUUCUAAAGACUUCCCCGCAUACCCUUAA